AUGGGAAACUGUAUUAAAAAGCAGUCAUCUAUGGAAUGGGGUGGUGAUGACUGGAGUGAGGAUUACUCCGAUAUCUCCGACAAGAAAACCAACCUUCACCGUCACAAUAACGACGAUGAUUACAACAGCAUUAAAGAAAAGACAGGAUCAUUAGCGCCAAACGACGGGGAGCUCAAAGAACCAAAACAAGUGAAGCUGAAGAUAACGAGAAAGCAACUCGAACAAGUGUUGAAACUCACAAAAACAGAUAUCCAAGGAGUGUCCGUGGAAGAAUUGUUAGCUCAUUUGAUUAACGGCGGCAUCGACGACGUACAAUCGAAUCAGACUCGUUCGUGGCGACCCGAGUUACCCACCAUUACAGAGCUUUAA